AUGACCGACAGCACAGCGUCCUCCACCUUAUCAUCCGACAACCAUCAUCAAAACGAGUCACGAGAACAACCUCUUUCCACCAAGCGUACAGCUUCCGAUGAACCUGACAAUGCGAAGGAUGCAAAGUUGCGCAAGACAUCAGACUCGCCAGAACACCCCAUCAAAGUUGAAGUAGAAUCGGCCAAUGACAACAAUGGGAAUGGAUCGACAACUUCUCCCAACCUCAACAACGGCACCCAAAAUGGUGGCACCAACAAUUCAUCCACCUCGAACGUAGAUAACAAGUCUUCGAGUAACGGCGUACAAUGCAAAUCAAAUGAAGCAACAUCCAAUACUGAAGCUGUAGAUGCAGCAGCAGUUGCAGCAGCGGCAGCGGCAGCAGCAGCAGCAGCAGCAACGAAUGGUAGUGACAUGUUGACUAUACCCACAACACAAGGACAAGGAGCAGGAACAGCACCCACAGCAGCAGCAGCAGCACCUCCACCUCCACCAGGACCAGCAGCAGCUCUUGCAUUCAUGAGUGAACAACAACAGCAUCAAUUUCUACAGACCUAUGCACAAGCAAGUGGACAAGAUCUUGCCAAUUUGACUGCUUCAUCCUUGGCACAAGCAAUGGUAUCCCCUAUCGCCGUGCCUGGUCUUAAUCUAUUGCAACAUCUUCAAGGUGGUAAUGUCAUCACUGCGUUGCCAGGUCCACCGCAAAUUGCCCAAGCAACAGCACUUCCACAGCCUACUGAUGGUACAGCAACGGCAGCAGCAGCAGCAGCCACUACAACAUCAUCAACCAAUGAUUCGAAUAAUGGAGGAUUGGAUGAGGAUGCACAAAACAAACGCAAUACCAACACACGCAACAUGUCGAAUGAUGAACGAAGGCAGCGGCGUUUAUUACGCAAUCGAAUGGCAGCCAAGGAGUGUCGUAAAAAGAAGAAGCAAUACAUUCAAGACAUGGAAGAUAAGAUCAAACAUCUCGAAGAAGAGAAUGCACGGUUACACAAGCAAGUGGAUGAGCUCAACGCCAAACUAGCACUUGGAUCAAUGCAAGGCUCGUCUGAAAGUUAUCGCCUAAUGAAGGAAGUGGAAGAGCUCAAUGCUAAAUUGGGUAUGGGUCAUUUGCCUACUACCAAUGGUGUGUUUACUGCUGCCAUCAUGGCUGCAGCCUCAGCCCAGCAACAACAACAACAACAACAACAAUCACAAACAACAUCACCACAAUCACAAUCACAAUCUUCAUCAUGUGCACUACAACAACAACAACAACCCCAUCCAACAUCCAAUCCAUCUUCUUCCUCUUCUUCACCGACCGUUGCUACACAGCCACAUAAUGACACCACAACCACAACCACAGCCAAACAUGAGGCUGAUCAAGCGUCUCCAGGCACAGCAGCAGCGCCAACAACAGAUGACAAAGCCCAGCUUGUGGAACUGAUGGCGUCUUCUUCGGAGCAAACAAAACUGGAAAACUGA